AUGAACGUUGAUACGUUGUACAAAGUCUUUAAGGCAGUACUUGCUAGCCAUGAGGUUACUCGCCUUCAAGUGGAAACAUCCCUAUGGCAGGUUGAGUGUGCAGAGCAUAUGACAGCCUUAAAUCAGGCGCUCCACAAGGAGAACAGAGCCCGCCUCAAUAUCAAGGAUGAACAGCUGAAGAAGAUCAGAAAUUUCUUUUCUGAGCGCCAUCACACAGAAAUUGAUGAUGACACAAAUUACCCUCAAGCCAUCUAUGACGAUGAGUGCGAAAUGCUUCGCGCCAUCACUACCCAAGCAGACUUGGUCUCAAGAUGCCUGGGUCCAGGUGCCAGGCGUGAAUUACUGGCAUCUACUGGCGAGGGUCCCUACCUACCUCGUUUUGUUGGUACUUUGAAAAAUAGGGACAGCAUUACACAUGCACUGGGGGGUGGUUGCAUGGAUGCCGGUACUGAUAUGGACUCUAAUUCUGAUUUUGAUUCUGAUCACGGCAAAGAUGAUGAUGAUCAUGAUCGUCUUAUCAUGCCACGCCCCUACCCUCUUUUUCUUUGGUAUCGUGGUCCCCAGCAAAAAAGUAAAGCCAAAGUCCCAAAACCACCACGAGGCUCUGGCCUCAAUCCUUCGGGUGAACCAGCAAUCAAUCAGCUUCGCAUUCCUACAGAACAACUGCAGAUGUCUUAUUUCGGUUUCGAUGCACAUGAGACCACCCAUAAUGGCACGCAGAGCCCCAGCUUCGACAAUCAAUCCUCCUGGGACUUCUUUCAGAAUCAACCAUCCUUUGAAGUGCCCCCACAGGGCUCAUAUCCCGACAAACACUACUCAUUCCAGGGUGCUACAGGUAGCACAGCCAGCACAAGUGAGAUCCCUCAAACAGACAUCAUGCAUAUGGCUCCCUACCCGACAACCCGCCCACAGAUCCCAUCCACAAUUGAAAGCUCGAUGUCGCAGAUUGCGACGUUGUCAACAUAUACUGAUCCCACUCCCACUAUAAUAGUCCCUGACGCCACCAUUAACCAGACAAUGAAGGGCGCGAUGAAACUCGUCAUGCACAAACUAUUUAGCCUGAAUGCAAUGACCGUCGACAAAGCCCCGAAAAAAGCUAUGCUGACAAAGGUUAUUCAGGACUCGUUGCCACAAUGCUUCGGUCCUAACGCAAUGGUCACAAACUUUAUCACCAGUAAAUGUUGGGGUGAGGUCGCAAACGCAUUCGAGACGGAGGAAGAACAACUGGAAAGGUUGAAAUAUAUCUGGGCACUCUCCGGUAGGGAACUGCAUGGGUAUACCCCCGGGUUUUUGGCGGGUUUUGAGUAUCUGGGAUGUCCAACAACUCAGGCUAAAUCUUCAAAGCUCAUCCCUCCACAUAUCAAUCUUUGCAGCUUGGAUGAGCAAUACGAGAUUCAUGUGCAGAUGGAUCCCUUCGGGGGGAUGUCAGGCAACUGGAAGUUUCUUGCUAUUGUGAAAGCGAUGGAUGACUUGACUAGCUCGCCAGAUUUCAAGCCUGAGCCGUCAGGCACACGAUGCAUGUACCACAAAGUAGCAGGGGUCAUUUGCAUGUGGUGGACAAGUGCAGCGGUCAAGUCGAAAGAUGAGGAGCUCCACGUCAAUAUUUUGAUAGCCUGCAUCCCUGACAAUGCGAUCAUCACCUGGAGGAGUGCGACGCCUAAAAAGAGGAGAGGAUAUAAUGAAGAGGAUAACCGAGACACCAUUAAGCAAGGCGCAGAUUGGUAUUGA